GAGCGGCGAGGGCGAUGCCCGGCCGGGGCGUGGGCCGGGCUGCAGGGAUGGCUACCCGGAUGCCGCUUCCUCCACGUCCUGCCACCUGGAGACGUCGCUGGGCCGGGUGGGGGAGCCGCAAGGGCGGGUUCCGUUCGCGGACAAGCAGCCGGGAGGCCAGGGCCAGGUCACCUGGCGUCAAGCGUCCCUGUACCGGCCAAAAGAAUGUUUGAAGGUGAGAUGGCAAGUUUAACUGCAAUCCUGAGAACAGACACCGUGAAAGUGCCCAAGCCCAUCAAGGUCCUUGAUGCCCCAGGAGGCGGCAGCAUGCUCGUGAUGGAGCACUUGGACAUGCGGUAUCUGAGCAGCCAUGCUGCCAAGCUUGGAACCCAGCUUGCAGACCUACACCUAGACAACAAGAGGCUUGGGGAGACACUCCAGAAGGAGGCCGGCACCGUGGGGAAAGGAGGCGGGCAGGUGGAACGGCCCUUCGUGGACCAGUUUGGGUUUGACGUGGUGACGUGCUGUGGAUACCUCCCCCAGGUGAACGACUGGCAGGAGGACUGGGUCGCCUUCUAUGCCCGGCAGCGCAUUCAGCCCCAGAUGGACAUGGUGGAGAAGGGGUCUGGGGACAGGGAGGCCCGGGAGCUCUGGUCUGCUCUGCAGCUGAAGAUCCCUGACCUGUUUCGUGACCUGGACAUCGUCCCAGCCCUGCUCCAUGGAGACCUCUGGGGAGGAAACGUAGCAGAGGACUCCUCUGGGCCCAUCAUUUUUGAUCCGGCUUCUUUCUACGGCCACUCGGAAUACGAGCUGGCGAUAGCCGGCAUGUUUGGGGGCUUCAGCCGCUCCUUCUACUCCGCCUACCACAGUGCGAUCCCCAAGGCCCCGGGGUUUGAGUCACGCCUGCAGCUCUAUCAGCUCUUCCACUAUUUGAACCACUGGAAUCAUUUUGGAUCAGGGUAUAGAGGGUCCUCCCUGAAUAUCAUGAGGAAUCUCAUCAAAUGAGCUUCCCUGCUCCGGAGGGGGCCUCAGGCUCAGGU